GCAAAAUGGCGGAAGGUGUGCUGCCGUUCGUUCGUGGCCUCGAUUUGACCAAAAAUGACUUCAAGGUAUGGACCUCCACGUAUUUUAUUUUAUUCAUUAGCCUCCUUAAUCCUUACGCAACUGUUUCUGUGCCUCUUGUAGAAGCUGGAUUUUCCCAAGCGGGUAGCAGACAUGCCAAAUUUACGGUGGUUGAAAUUGAACCAAACUGGAUUGGAAUGUCUUCCAGACGAGUUAUCUCACCUAAUGAAGCUGGUAAGAGCAUUGAUGAGUAAUCUUGUUAUUUGGUAUAAUCUUGAAAGUUUCAGUUACGUUUCUGACUUCUCUUCUAUAGGCCACCGAAAUUGUGCGAAUCGUGAACGUAAAAAACACUUUCUGCAGUAUGAUCAUAAAAUGUUUAUGCAACUUCAAAUUAUUAAAUUGACAAUACUAACAGAAUAAAACUUCUAAUAGUAAUUUAACUUCAUCUCACACUUAUAACUUGGUAUGAGGAACAGAAAUUCUGUGUUAAAGUCAAAAGAAAUAAGGAAUGCACACGCUGAAACUAGUUUGACGUUGACCGGAAAUGCAGUUUACUAGCAUAAUGUAAACAAACUUUCUCUUAAAAGUGGUCUUGAAAUAACACGUUCCCGCUGAAUCUCAGCAUUAACCCCUUUUUCCCUUCGACGCUCAAUUGCUAUUAGGGUGUGAGAUUAGCAUUUGACUUCCUAUUUCAUUAUUGAGAUGAUGUUAUAUUGGAAGCAAUCAGAUGAUGAUAAUAUGAAAAGAAACCACCAACUUAACUCUUUACACCCUAGCAUCAGUAUGCAUAUUCUCCACACUGUUCUCCAUACAUUUCCUGAGUUGUUGACAAGGAGAAUUUAUUUAACAAUCCAACGCUUCUUUAGUUGGUGAUCAUUUUCUUUGUUCUCAUGACCUUAAUGUGUGAUUCAGGGAUGAUAGUGUAAGGAGAAAUUAUAUUUUAGUCACUCUUAGGGGUCAAAGGGUUAAGGAUGUCAGUUAACUCAUUACUGACAUGUAUCAUAUGCUUUAGUCAACACACCACCAACACCGCAAAGGAUUCAACUGAAAUAAAAAAUAAAAUUUAUACAUAAAACAGGAUCAGGACCCACCCUUGCUUCCCUCUAUCACAUUUUUCUCUUUUUUUAUUUUAGGAGCAUUUAUCUCUUAAGGAAAACAAUUUGGCAAGUAUCCAUGGAGACUUGUCAACUCUCUCUCACUUAAGGGUAAGGAUUCACUGUUUGACUGACCAAAGAAAUCUAAGUUACUUUUAUGGUAAAAUUAGUAAGUAAAUUAAGUAAAAAAAAAAGAGUUAUAGUAGGAGUGACUUUACUAUAGUUUGGGAAGGAGUGUCACAUGGUUGACAUAAAUUGUACUGUCCAGACUUAUCACCAACAACUGGCUUACUCUUGAGCCAACCAGUUAUGUCUUGAUCCUUGGGAUACAACCAUAAGUAUACUGUCUGUGAACAGCUCAAGUUGCUAAAUGAAUCAGAUUCCAGAUGAUAUGGUCUAGGUUGAAGCCCCAAUUGGGUCAUUUUGUUGGGGUUCUUGGGCAAGAAACAUGACUUCCAUAGUGCCCUUCUCUAGCCUGGAGAGGAAGGAUGGUGCUGUUCAACUGUCAUGGAAUAUUGAGAUAAUUCUUGGAUGUAACCUGCAAUGGACUAGCAUUACAUCCAGAUGAAGCAUAGGUUCUUCCAGAUGCUUUUUGCCAAUGAAGGUGUUUCAGGCAAGAUGUCAGCUUAGAUCUGCAUUAAUAGAACCAAAAGUAAUUACUUUAUAAUACUUGAGCCACCCUUAACAAAAUCCAGUAGUUUAUGUUCCUGUAAAGAACCCCCUCUAGUUGUGGACUCAUUGUUCCACUUGAGCUUAUGGAACCUUCUUUACGGGUAUUGCCAUUUUUUAACAGGUAAUUAAUGCACGUAAAAACCAGCUCAAGAAUUCUGGAAUUCCUGGAGAUAUCUUUGGCCUUGAUGAUCUUCUUACCAUUGUAAGUCAAGGUUAUGAGACUGUGUGAUUUUCUAAAACAAUUUUGCCUGCCAUAUGGACAUAAGAUAGGAGGUACUUUCAGAAAAUAGGUGUCAGGUGUAUUUGGGAACUCUUUCGUAAACAGACUUAAUGAUGUUGCUAAGUUUCUGUUCUUUUUUUAUUUUUUAAAGUAGAGUAAUGUUAGUAAUAUCUCUUGUUUUAAAAUUUCUUGAACAACUGUUUGUGAUUAAAAUUGGAACUCUGCAGCACCAGGUUGUUCAAAGCUGGGUUAAGAUAACCAGGUUAAGUGUAAAAUCUGAUUAAAGAUCUGAAAGCUUUAAAAUAAAAUUUAGUACCAUUCCUUUUGUCUACUAUUUGAUGACUGGAUACCAAUCAGAGAACAGAGAAAAUGUUCUGAAAAAAGCUUUUGAAUAAAGGAAUAAAGAAAAAUGGAUUAAAAUGUAACCCUUGGUUAGUGCCAAUCAGCCUUCAAACAACUGGACCCUGGUUACAAUGUACCAUUGUUAGAAAUCUUAUUAAAAUUCUCUAAUUUUAACUGUAUGUUUUCUUGUCCUUUUGUGCAGGAUUUUAGUCAUAACCAGCUCAAAGAGGUUAGUGAUUAAUUUUUUUUUGGUGCAGAACAGAAAUACUACCCAACAAGACAAGUUGAAAAGUUUACAGAUAUACUUUUUAGAGCAUAGUUUGCAUUUCUUUGAAGUUUCAGUCACCAUGAAGAUGAAUGAUAUCUCUCAAGAAUUUGAACUCUGUUCUAUUUAGAUUGAAAGAUGAAUGUCACAUGUUGAAAGCAACAUCUUGUGGCAGAUCAUAUUUCCCAAUAACCCUUACCAUUAGCUAUUAAAAAAAUCUACUUUAAAGCUGUGAAAAAAAGUGAAAAGAUCCUUAGUUGCUGUGAAAGCCAAAUGGCUGCAAAAGUGUUACUUAUUAUACUGUUCUUUCUUAUAAAGUCAUUGUAACAGGAAGUACUAACUGAAAAGGGAUUGCAGUAAAGUUGAUAAAAAGUUGUUUAAAACUAUUUUGUAUCCUGACCAGGUGCCACCUGAGCUGGAAAAUGCCAAAGCACUGAUUGUUCUCUCCUUAAGUCACAACAAGUAAGUAAUGGAAUGACAUUGUCUUGUGUUUUUCUGUUUCUUAAAAAUGAUGAGAAUUUACAAUUGUACUUUUUUACUUUCACAGAAUUUCCACCCUUUCCAAUCAGUUGUUUAUCAACUUAACAGAUCUAAUCUACCUGGAUCUUGGCAAUAAUCUUAUUGGUAUGUCUCUUGACAGUCUGAUAUUUAAAACAGACUUCUUUAUCUUUUGACCCAGUAGGGUGAUAAUAUGAAAUUUCUCCCAAUAAUAUCCAAUUAUCAUCCAGUUAAUGAGAAUAUUCAAAAUGGUAGAUAAGUUAACAAUAAGGUCUAAUUUACCAAGAAUAAAGGGGGAUACCAAUGAUCACCUCUGAAAGAAUGUCUAAAUGAUUGUCACAAGAAUAAAGGAUAUGAUCACCUCUGAAAGAAUGUCUUGAUUGUCACACAAAUUCUCCUUGUCAGCUCUCUAGGAAAUGUAUAGAGAACAGUAUGGAGAACUUGCAUACUGAUGUUAGGGUGUCAAGUGUUAAUGAGAUAGCAGUUCACUUUAAGAUGUGACAUCUUUCUUUGCUGACACACAUGCAAACAAAAAUAGUGCCAUGCAAAUCAGGUCAAAGGCAAUCAGCAUCAAUGAGUAUUCUUUUGUGAUCUAGACAUUAUUAUAUAAACUAGUAUGUUGCAAGUUAUGCAUCGUAAUCUAAGCACCACAAGUAUUGUGUGCGCAGCAAGAAAAUGGUAUCAGGUUUAACAAUCUUGUCAUUGUCUUCCAGAGUCAAUUCCUCCUCAACUUAGAAGACUUGUAAACUUGCAAACCUUGGUAUGUUCCUCAGUAAAAUGUUGAUUAACCAAUAGUUCAUCAGGCCAUGUUAUGAAGAGUUCAUUUUGUAACUUAGUAAUAUAAAUGCCAAAUUAUUUUCAUCAAUAGAUCCUGAAUUUAUCUCAGGCCAUGUUAGUUUGAGAAGAGAUUCUCAAUUUUUAUCAGUAAUUUGUCUCUUAUAUAAUUGCCAAGUAAUUAUCUUUCCUAAAAUAUCCAUAGAUCCUGAAUAAUGAGAAUAUUCAAAUUUCUCAGGUAAAAGUUGCUUUCUUGAUCUAACACCAAAUUCUUGUACCUGAUUUGCAUGGACAUGUGUAGCAGCUAGAGGGGAGAAUUAACAUUAAGAUCUUGGUGGUUAAAGGGUUAAUGUGUCAGGCAAUCAAAAUAUACAUGUAUUCUUUCCAUAACUGUCAUUUUAACUUGCUAUCUAUCAAACAGACAACUUCCUUCAUUAACCCAGCUCCAUACUCUACACUUGAGGAACACGCAG